AUGGCGUUUGGCACGAAAUUGACGCCAUCUCUAGAUAAACCGGCUGUAGACUUGACACUCUAUCGUCAAAUGAUAGGAUCUCUCAUGUAUCUGACGGCUAGUAGACCAUAUAUAAUGUUCUCAGUCUGCUAUUGUGCCAGAUUUCAAGCUAAUCCAAGAGAACCUCAUAUGAUAGCCAUGAAGAACAUCUUUCGCUAUCUGAAGCGAACCUCAUCACCCGGUCUCUGGUAUUCAGCAAAUUUCGGAUUCUUUAUUCAAGCAUUUUUAGACGCAGAUCUUGGUGGAUGUGGAUUGGUGCGAAAGAGCACAACGGGAGGAUGCCAAUUGCUUGAUGGCAAGCUUGUCAGCUGGCAUUCAAAGAAGCAGACAUGUGUGUCUCUUUCAACAGUCGAGGCUGAAUACAUUGCAGCUGCAUCUUGUACAUCGCAAGUGGUAUAG